CUCGCAGAGGCAGAGGGCAGAGGGCAGAGGAGGAGGAGGAGGAUGGGAGGCAACAAAGAAAGAGCGCGAGAGCGCAGAGAGAAAAGAUUGCAGGAGAUCUCUCUUCUCAGGACCAUCCCCUAUUCCGAUCACCAAAGGUGGUGGUCCAAAGAAACGAUUGCUGUGGUCACCGGGAGUAACCGGGGUAUCGGGUUCGAGAUUGCGAGGCAGCUCGCGGUGCAUGGGCUGACGGUUGUGUUGACGUCGAGGGACGACUGUGUUGGCCGUGAAGCCGCGAGGGUCUUACAGGAAGGCGGUCUGGACGUCGCCUUUCAUCAACUCGACGUCUUGGACCCUUCCUCCAUUCAACUCUUCGUCGAUUGGAUACGGCAAACCUACGAGGGCAUCCAUGUCCUGGUAAAUAAUGCAGGUGUCAACUUCAAUGUUGGGUCUGACAACUCCGUUGAAUCUGCUCAUAUGGUUGUGGCUACCAAUUACUACGGAACCAAAAACAUGAUAAAAGCCAUGAUCCCCUUGAUGAGACCUUCUGCCACGGGCGCUCGUAUUGUUAAUGUGAGCUCCCGGCUAGGAAGACUGAAUGGAAGAAGAAAUAGGAUUGAGGACUUGAAUCUGAGAGGAAAGCUGGGUGAUUUGGACAUGCUUACAGAGGAACUCAUCAAUAGAACAGUUGCCACUUUCCUACAACAAGUAGAUGAUGGAACGUGGACAUCGGGCGGGUGGCCACAAACUUUUACGGACUACUCAGUAUCUAAACUCGCAGUUAAUGCCUACACAAGACUGAUGGCAAAGAUACUGUCCAACCGGCCCGAAGGGGAAAAGAUACAUGUCAACUGUUAUUGCCCAGGCUGGGUGAAGACUGCUAUGACCGGUUGGGCUGGGAACAUUUCAGUGGAGGAAGGGGCAGACACGGGAGUGUGGCUAGCCCUUCUCCCAGAUCUGGCAGUGACUGGGAAAUUCUUUGCGGAGAGACGUGAGGUUAGCUUUUAAAGCUGUGAAGCCUCAUGUGGGAAGGUUUUUUAGUAAGUACUCCAACAGAACCGGAACCACAGAUAUGCUAAGCUGUAAGAAGAGAGGAUAGAGCACUUGCAUCUAUAUUCCUUUGGUGAGUGACUUUGGUUGCAACACGAAAAACUCGGAUAUCAGUGAAGGCAGAGGUAGGUUUGUUGAACAUUAGCUUGGGUGACGCUUGGAGGCCAUCUCCUCAAAUGAUCGGCAGGGCUCAAUCAACAUAUGAAUCAGAUGGGGAGUAGGUUAUCCCUUCACUUGCCGACUGUGGUUUAAGUUUUGUCUUCUGGCCUAUAAUAUAGGUAGUUGCUUUUGAAUGAUUUUCCUAAUGUCGACGAGAUAAGAUUUCCUCCCGCCAAAAACAAGGGCCGUUCGACCUAAUGCUUGCAACACGAAGUAAAUACGGCUCUCUCACUUGUAAAUCUCGUCAUAAGAAACCACUUACUGGUGCGGUUCGAGGCUAUUUGGAUUGCAUUUGCGUCUCCA